CUCUUUCCCACAUCAAGAUCGAUGACAGAACAGAACCCGAGCGAGACUGACAGCUCGUGCCAUGCAUCUUUACGGGAUUUUCCCGUUGAAUUUGGAAGCGCUCUCCAUGAGUCAUGUCUUCACACUCGCAUUUCUUGUGUGUUUGGUGAUAGUGGUUAGAUUACUGAUUAUGAGAAGGAGAGGGAUGCGAACUAUGGAGCCGUUUCCAGGACCUCCUGCACACUGGCUCUUCGGACACGUUAAGGAGUUUCGCCAGGAUGGACACGAUUUAGAAAAGAUUAUGAAAUGGACUGAACAGUAUUCAUUUGCUUUUCCACUGUGGUUUGGCCCAUCAUUGUCCAUUUUGAAUAUCCACCACCCAGCUUAUGUGAAGACCAUUCUCACCACAACAGAACCCAAAGAUGACUAUGCAUAUAAGUUUUUCAUCCCUUGGUUAGGCGAUGGCUUGCUUGUGUCUGCUGGACAGAAAUGGUUUCGGCAUAGACGACUCCUCACUCCCGGUUUCCAUUAUGAUGUUUUGAAGCCUUAUGUGAAACUUAUUUCUGAUUCAACCAAAGUCAUGCUUGAUAAGUGGGAAGUUUAUGCUAAAUCAGAAGAGUCAUUUGAACUGUUUAAGCAUGUAAGUCUCAUGACCCUGGACAGCAUCAUGAAAUGCGCGUUCAGCUGUAACAGCAACUGUCAGACAGACAGUGGAACCAACCCGUACAUCCAGGCAGUGUAUGACCUCUGCCACCUGGUGAACCUCAGGUUCAGAGUUUUUCCAUACCACAGCAAGGCCAUAUUUCAUCUUAGUCCACAUGGAUACAAAUUCAGGAAGGCAACCAACAUAGCACACAGUCAUACAGCGGAAGUUAUCAGAAAGAGGAAGGAAGUCUUGAAGAUCGAGAAGGAACAGGGCAUUGUUAAAAACAAACGAUAUUUGGACUUUCUGGAUAUUCUUCUGUCUGCCCGAGACGAGAAUCAGCAGGGUUUGUCAGAUGAGGAUAUCAGGGCUGAAGUGGACACAUUCAUGUUUGAAGGCCAUGAUACUACAGCUAGUGGAAUAUCUUGGAUCUUCUACAAUCUGGCAUGUAAUCCUGAGCACCAGGAGAAAUGCAGGGAGGAGAUCUUGCAAGUUUUGGAUGGAAAAGACGUGAUGGAUUGGGAAGACCUCAAUAAAAUUCCUUAUACCACAAUGUGCAUUAAAGAAUCUCUGCGACUUUGCCCUCCUGUGCCGGGAAUAUCACGAAAGUUGACUAAACCCUUGACUUUCUUUGAUGGACGGACUGUACCUGAAGGUUGUAUCGUUGGAGUUAGCAUUUAUGGGAUCCACAUGAAUGCCACAGUGUGGGAGAAUCCAUAUGUAUUUGAUCCAUUGAGAUUUCUGCCUGAGAACUCUGCUAAGAGGUCACCUCAUGCUUUUGUGCCCUUCUCUGCUGGACCCAGAAACUGCAUUGGACAGAACUUUGCCAUGAAUGAGAUGAAAGUAGCAGUGGCGCUGACUCUGAAGAAAUAUCGCCUCAUUAAAGACCCCAAACACACCCCAAAGAUGAUCCCUCGAGUAGUGCUCAGAUCACUCAAUGGAAUUCACAUCAAGAUCAAAUUAGUAGAAAAUGAUUCAUGAAAAGAUAGUGUACAUUGAGCCUGUUUGACCUGCUAGGAGGCAUGUUUGCUCUGAGAAGAAUGACAAUGACUUAAUUUAAAUAAUUUACUGCACAGCAUUAUUCAGUACAUUUAGCACCUGGAAACUGGAUAUUUAGUGAAUAAGAUGAUUUUUGCAGUGAAAUUCCACAUACUAAAGUGGUCCAACUGCUUAGUGAAUUCACUCCUUACACCCCAUUCACACUGUCAGCAGUUUUGUCUCUAAAUGUGGUCAGUUGCUGUGUACCGGUUGGUCGCUGUCACUCACGUCACCCAAAGUCACCAGCUCUCGUUGAAUAUUCACUGACAGUGCACAUGGGGCCUCCUGAGGUCUGUUAAAUUUUACAAGCCAUUUAAAAAAAUCUAAGGAAAUAUUUUCAAGUAAUAUGAAUUAAUUUGAUACUGAAUUAAUAUUUUGCCUCAGCUACAUUACUACACUCAUUCUGAAAUUAGAGCUCUCUAAUAUGAAAUAAAUGGCCUGCAGGUAAAAUCUUGUGAUUUGUAAUUAGUGAAAAAGAUGAUGUUUUAAAAUGUUUAUUAAUUAGCUUGUUUUAGGUGUUUGUUUUGUUUUGAAAAGUGUAUUGCCUUUUUGAUAUAUGAUGCAUGAAAACUAUUUUAGUGGUUAUUGUGAAUAGUUUCCUUUCAUCAGCAUUACAUGUUUUAAAUAAAAAUUCGGUUUUGCAUCAUUUGAAAUAAACAGUGUGGUGACUCUUAGAGGCCAAUAGUUCACCCAAAAAUAAAAAUGAUUUCAUUUACUCA